AUGGAGACUUGCAAGCAUUCAGGUUGCUCUAUUAGGAAGUCUCCCUAUGUUCAAACUGCCCAUAAGCUGAAAUAUGUUGAUGAUGACUCCACGAUAUUUUGGGCGGUAGGACAUGGAUCCAGUGUACUUGUUAAGCAUGCCGAGAGGAUUGGUGAAGAAGUGGAGAUGGUUGUUCCAUUUGAAGGUUUCAACUUUGGAGAGGCAUUUCAGGGUAGAUGUCCCCCAGAACUAAAGACUUUGUCUGAUGAUAUUGUCAAAAGAUGUGGAGGACUGCCACUAGCAAUUGUAGCAAUUGGUGGUCUUUUGUCAAGAAAAGAGAAGAUUGUGUCCGAAUGGAAAAAAUUCAGUGACAGCCUUGGGUCUGAGUUGGAAAGUAAUUCCCAUCUUGAAAGUAUCAAUCCCAUUCUCUCUCUCAGUUAUCAUGAUCUGCCUUACCACCUCAAGUCCUGUUUCUUGUAUUUGGCAAUCUUUCCAGAGGACUACACAAUUAAAUGUGGGAUCCUUACUCGGCUGUGGAUUGCUGAGGGUUUUGUAAAGGCGAAGAGGGGUGUGACGCUAGAAGACACUGCAGAAGAAUUCUUGACUGAGCUCAUACACAGGAGCUUAGUUCAAGUGUCACAGGUAUAUAUUGAUGGACUUAGUAAAAGAUGCCACAUUCAUGACUUGAUGCGUGAGAUUAUUCUCAAAAAGGCUGAGGGGUUGAGUUUUUCUUGUGUAAUGGCUGAAGAAGCCUCGUGUUUUGAUGGAAGAUUUAGGCGCCUAUCAGUUCAGAAUAGCUCAAAUAAUGCUCUAGACAUUACCAGUAAAAUGUCUCACAUCCGCUCCAUUUUUCUUUACAACUCUGAGAUGUUUUCUCUGGGGACAUUGGCUUCAAAAUUUAAGCUUCUGAAAGUAUUGGAUCUUGGUGGUGCUCCUUUGGACAGAAUUUCUGAAGAUUUGGGAAAUCUAUUUCAUUUGAGAUACUUAAGCCUGAGGAAGACAAAAGUCCGGAUGCUUCCAAGGUCCAUAGGUAAACUACAAAACCUACAGACUUUGGAUCUGAAAUAUUCCCUCGUGGAAGAUCUUCCUGUUGAGAUCAGUAGGCUUAAAAAACUGUGCAAUAUUCUAUGCUUUGAUUAUACAUAUGAUAAUGCUGAUUUCAUACCGGUUUCUGUUAGUGGAGUGCAUGUAAAGGAGGAUAUUGGGGGUUUGGAAGACUUGCAGAAGCUGACUUCUGUGGACGUAACUCAUGGGGUGCAGAUAAUAACAGAGUUGGGAAAGCUGAGGCAGUUGAGGAAGCUGGGUAUUACAAAACUUUCUAGAGGAAAUGGGCAGCGUUUAUGUGCCUCCAUUUCAAACAUGGUCCACCUUAAAUAUUUGUCUGUUUGGUCGCUGAGAGGAGAUGAGAUUCUGGAUUUACAGUAUAUAUCAAAUCCACCUCCGCUUCUUUCAACUAUCUACUUAACGGGUCGUUUGGAGAAGUUACCUGACUGGAUUUCUAAACUUCCGAAUUUAGUAAGAGUGGGCAUAAAUCGUUGUAACUUAGUGAAUGAUCCAAUGCAAGGAGUUAAAGGUUUCAAGUUGUGGACAGAAACACAAGGCAAAGAGAAGUGUAUAAUCAACAGAAAUGUAACUUUUAAUGAGCAAGAUAUGCCAAAACAAACUCUAGCCAAAGAUGUGGAAGGGUCAGAUCAGCUGCACUUUGAGGUGGAGCAUGAGACUUUGCAACCUGAAAAGUCUGCAAAGACUUCAUCAGAAACAAUUCAAGAAGAAGCAGUAUAG